AUGCCUGUGUGCGAUGGAGAUUGGACAAAGUUUCUUCCUUUCCGUCGGCUGGCAGCCAUCAGGAUUCGUGUGCUCCACCAUGGUGGCCACAAGCGCCCUGUGCCUGAGGGUUGGAACUAUAGCAAGCCGGUCCAUCAUAGUAUUAACCAGCUCAAGUUUGCACGGAGCCUGCAGUCUGUGGCCGAGGAACAAGCGGGGCGUCACUGUGGGGCUCUGCGAGUCCCGAACUCUUACUGGGUUGGUGAAGAUUCCACAUACAAGUUUUUUGAGGUGAUCCUCAUUGAUCCAUUGCACAAAGCUAUCAGAAGAAACCCUGACACCCAAUGGAUCACCAAGCCCGUCCACAAGCACAGGGAGAUGCGUGGGCUGACUUCUGCAGGCCACAAGAGUCGUGGCCUUGGCAAGGGCCCCAAGUUCCACCACACGAUUGGUGGUUCUCCCGGUGCAGCCUAA